UUUUUAGCACUAUCAAUAAGAACGUCCUUGUCUCAAUAUGAUCUUAAAAAAUUGAAGUCAAUUAAUACUAAUUUAGUGAUAGUAGUAAUAGUAAUCUUCUAUUUAAGGUGAACGAAGGGAAUAAUGCGGAAAAAAGUCAACUAUCAGCGAUGGAAAAUCAAGGAGACAAUCAGAUGCAAUUAGAAAGGGCGGAAAAUGCUCCAUUUCAAAGACAAUUCCAAAUGUUCUUAAAAAGCGAUGAAAAAAAUUCUUUUGUGCAGUUAUUAGAAAAUACAAUCCAAAAUCAACAAGACCAAGUAGAAGUAACUGACACUAAAGCUGACCUUGUACGUGUGAAACAAGAACAUUCUCAGGUGAACGAAGGGUUUAACGUGGAAAGAAAUCAAUUACCGGCAAUGGAAAAAAAAUUAGGUAAUCAGAUGAGAGAUUUUGCAUUUCAAGGAGAACUCCCGUCAAUCUAUCAAAAAUUCGAAAGAAAAUUUGAAAAAGUAACGUUUAAACCGGUAGUGGAAAGAAGAAAUCAAGAUCAAGCAAAAGAUGAAGAAUUAACGUCCCUUCGUGGACAACUAGCAGAAACUAGAAAUCAGAAUAAAGCAAAAGAUGAACAAGUAGGAUUCUUUCACGCACAACUAGUACACACAAGGAAUCAAAAUGAAGCAAAAGAUGAAGAAUUAACGUUCCUUCGUGCACAAUUGAAUGAAAAUCAAGCAAUGGCUGAACAAUCGGUUUUUCUUUGUGCGCAACUAGAAGAGACAAGAGAUCAAGAUCAAGCAAAGGAUGAAGAAUUAACAUUCCUUCGUGCACAGUUAGCAGAAACAAGAAAUCAAAAUGAUACAAAGGAUGAAGAAUUAACGUCCCUUCGUGACCAGUUAGCAGAAGCAAGAAAUCAAAAUCAAGCAAUGGUUGAACCAUUGAGGUCAUUUCGUGCACAGUUAGUAGAAACAAGCAAUCAAAAUGAAGCAAAAGAUGAAGAAUUAACGUUCCUUCGUGCACAAUUGAAAGAAAAUCAAGCAAUGGUUGAACAAUCGGUUUUUCUUCGUGUGCAACUUCAAGCAAAGGAUGAAGAAUUAACGUCCCUUCGUGCACAGUUAGCAGAAACAAGAAAUCAAAAUGAUACAAAGGAUGAAGAAUUAACGUCCCUUCGUGACCAGUUAGCAGAAGCAAGAAAUCAAAAUCAAGCAAUGGUUGAACCAUUGAGGUCAUUUCGUGCACAGUUAGUAGAAACAAGCAAUCAAAAUGAAGCAAAAGAUGAAGAAUUAACGUUCCUUCGUGCACAAUUGAAAGAAAAUCAAGCAAUGGUUGAACAAUCGGUUUUUCUUCGUGUGCAACUUCAAGCAAAGGAUGAAGAAUUAACGUCCCUUCGUGCACAGUUAGCAGAAACAAGAAAUCAAAAUCAAGCAAUGGCUGAACGAUUGAGGUCAUCUCAUGCACAAGUUCUAACACGAAGAAGCCAAAAUCGAGAAGUCCAGAAAAAUGAAGGACUAGAUUGGAUACUGAAGCGUGAAGAAAUAGAUCUAAUGAAGAAGAAAAUAGGUGAUGGUGGUUGGGGAACUGUAGAAGUUGGAAAGUUUCGUGGAACUGAAGUUGCUGUUAAGAAAAUUCACAACUUAAUAAUAUCUGAUUACAGUCGUGGGCUAUUUGAACGUGAAAUGACAAUAGCAUCCAGGUGUCGACAUCCAUGCCUUGUUCAAUUUAUCGGCGCAACAAACGAUAACGGUUGUCCAUUAUUUAUAAUGGAACUCCUUGAAACUGACUUGCGCGCAUUGAUAACGGAAAGAAAUUUGGUGGAUCAAGAAUGUUUACAGAUAGCCUUCGAUACAAUUCGUGCUUUGAAUUAUCUUCACCUGUCCAAGCCUGCCCCUAUUAUCCACCGCGAUGUUAGUAGUGCUAAUGUUCUAUUGUACCGUGGCAAAGACGGAUGGAGAGGAAAACUCUCAGAUUUUGGUGCAGCUAACCUUAUUCACCAUUCAAAAACGCCCUAUCCUGGUGCUUCAUUAUAUUCCGCACCUGAAGCAUGUACUAAUACUCAGAACACGAAAAAAAAUCAGCUUAGGCGGAGGAACAAUGAGGAAGAUCUGUCAUUUGAAAUACGAUAACGUCAACAAUGGAGAUGCAAAGAAUUAGUUUGUAGAGCCUGAAAUACUGAUAAAGAAAAUGUAUGUGUUGGCCCAAUUUUGUGCCCUGGUUGCUCCUAGUUACCCAUAAGGGAGAUGGCGUAGACCAUUCCAAUCCUUUUUCAAUUUAUUUUGCCUUAAAUUUGUCAUUACAAUGAAAUAAAAAUUUCUAGCCUGUUCUUUCUAUUAUGUAACAUUCGCAACCCUUAUUAAAAUAAUGCAUACCAUUAAGUGGUGUCGCUGAGAUAUGCAAGAAGGAAUUUUGAUGACGUCAUCAGCCUGUUGAUAUGCGAAAAAUUUCGUUAAGCCGUUGCCUCUAAUGUGUAGAGGUGUGAAAUGAUCAUCAAGAAAAUAUAUAGAAUCAGGUCCUUUUGAUGAACGAUUACAGAGAUAACGGGAUGUAAGUAUUUUUUAUGGCGUUAUCAACCCAAACGUAUUGGGUAAUCCAUCUUUGCAAACUUAUCCAAGGCAGUUACAGGUGGAAGGUGAUAAUUAUUAAAAAAAUUAUUGAUUUCUAAAUCCUAAAAUCUAUUAAGAUAACUACUAUAAUAACAAAUAAAUAACUAUACUUCACAACUAAGUAUCCAGGUAUUUUCCUAGGAACGGUUUUUAAGAAUCUUCAUGGCUGUAUGGGGUGAAAAUAAGUGGGUUUUGGAUUUACCUACUGGUAAACAUCAAGAAUAAAAUCUAUAACUCGAGAUAACCAAGAAUAUUUUAUUGUAUUAAAAGCAUUUUAAGAGCUUCGUUUAAACCUCUUUGAAGUAAAGAGAUAUCUGUCAUGACCAGCAACAAUAUUUUGUUUAGUUUAAAGUCCCUUUUCCUCAACAUACUAUUAAAUUCGAACGAAAGUUUGUUAUGAUGAGAUGGCGGUAAAUUUGAAUAAAUAUACAGAUCGAAAACAUUCAUGUCAAAUCGAAUGCUUAAUGUGGUGGCUUCAUCUUUAUUUCUUGCAUCUUUACUUUCUUUAUCUUUUUGGGGGGAAGUUCAGCAAUAUAAAAUAAUGAAAAUAAUGUUUUUUACAUGUUGUUCAACAUUCUAUUUUGAUCUUGAACUUCUUCUAAUUACUUUGUGUACGUGGCCAUUACAAUAAAGAGAAAUAUAUUCCAUUGUUUUUUGAUUCAGCUACCUGUUUGGCAAAUGUGAAAACAUUCUCAAUUAUAAAUAGUUCAUCACUUACAAAGACAUAAACAAAAUUGAUUUAUUGUGGGGACUUUCUUAUAAAGCAAACGACCAAGCCAGUCAGUCUGGUCUUUAAAAUCAACAUUUAUCAUGAACUUUUAUUCGCAGCGCAGGGUGGUAUCUGAAUGUGAUGAAGGAUAAAUGCAAGGCAACUAUUCCUUAAAGAGUUCUCUUUGAGUUUCAAACUUCCUUAACUUCAGCAAAAAUCUUUUAAUAUAAUUUACUUUCGCCGACAAAUUCUAGUUAGUUAUAACUACGAGAAUUUCUAGCGAUAUCGAACAAUCCUCAAGACUGACUUCAAACACACAUUUAAAGUUUCAAAACAACCUGAUUGAUGACGUUAUCAAAAUAAGACUGGCGUCAAAAAUACUUUUAAAAUUUCAAAAAAAACUGAUUGAUGACGUUAUCAAAAUAAUUUAAAAUUCUAUUAUCUUCUUAACCGUUUUUGAAAAUCACAUUAUCCUAUCAUUUCCCUUAAUCAGUAUUUUAAGCUCCACACAACGGGAUGACGAAUUGUUUUAAAAAAAGUUUGCUUAUAUUUGUGUGUCUUUGCUAACAUCAGCAAAAUCUUUAAAGCCUUUCAACUCCUUGCACUUUUGUUGAAACACAUGUUUCUAUAACAAUAUUUUGAUUCAAGCUUUAAGCUCUUCAUAGUAAAUGCAACAGGUAAACAUUUUUCUAAAAAUAAACAUCAUGAAAACUUAAUUGAUUAUCGACCAGUCUAUUGUAUUAACAUGCUUAGUCUGUGUUAUUGUUCUACGGCUUAUUUUAAGCCGGUAGAACUUUAAUUAGGCACUUUUUUCUCGCCGUUUUUAUUACCGACCUAGUAAAGCACCGAAGGGUGCCAGGCUAGUGUAGCGGUACAUAAAUUACUAGAUUUUACUAGAUUUUGAGUGCUAAUAACAAAACUACCCUGUCUGACAAGGUACUAAAACCUAUUAUCUUCACAAAGUAAUUUAACAUUAUUAUUUUACGGUCAGACGUCAUCAAAAUUGAUAUUUCCUCCUGUCUUUUCCAUUGUUCUUCUGCCUAAUAAACUUUUUCACGGAUUUGCCGACUUUUAUGCGAUAUUACGUUGAUUAUGUCUGUUACAUGCAAAGUGGUUGUGUUCAGUUUACUUUGAAGUCGCCGACAAAUGCAUGUCUAAAAGGUUCAUUGAUUUUAAUUAAUGAAGUCAUCACAAUACACUAAUAACGUUCCGUUAACACAUGAUCCUAAAAUUUUUCUUGAACACAGCUUCAAGCUCUACCCAGAUAGGCAAAGGAUAAAUACACUGUUAAAAAUAUUUUUUAGUGUAUCGACAGGUUAAUAGUGACGUUAUCAAAAUUAAAUAACACUUUUUUCCAUUGUCCCUCUGCCUUAGUGGAUUUUUCCACGAAUCUAAUAUACGAUUGCGUAAGUUGUGCGUGUUUGUCUGUAGCAGGCAAACUAUAUAUGUUAAUUUCUCUUUGAACUAGCCUAAAAAAGUAUGACGUAUAUGCUAACUUUUUAAACGUUAUGGCACGACGUCAAGGCACUUAGAUUGACAUCAAUACAUGUUGGUGCAUUUCGCGCUGCAAGCUUGAGGCAUUGUAACUUGGAAAUGGCGAAAAAUAACUAAAUUCUUCUCCGUUGAUAAUUAGAACUAACUUCUAAAGCUGGAUUAACCCACCUGACAUUAUUAAAAGCCUUUUUAACCCAAUAUCUCUUCAACUAUUUCUCAAAAGCUGAUGAUUCUGUAUACCAUAUUGGUGAGUGUUUCAAGCUGUGCACAAAUAAAGGGUAAAAUAAAUUUAGAUUUGUGACAAAGCAGAGAUAAAAAAAUUGCACAGCUGAUUUGCACACCAUAAUGAACAUUUUAAAACCAACGAAAUGCCAAUUGCGAGUUUCCCUGUAAUAAUCUGGACUGUAAACUACAAGUUUUUUGAUUAUGUCAGCAUUCGUUGUUAUCUUUACUGACAAAAGUUCCUUCAAGUAAAAAUCUGAAACAUAACGUUUGCCUAAGUGAUACCUGAAUAAGGAACUGAACUUGUUAUUGGUCUUUUUCCAGUAAGAUGUAUUUUACUAUGAUAUUGUUCAUAUUUUGAUAUUUUUAAGUUUCUUAGUUGGUAUAUUUUUCUACGUUUGUAAUCGCGUUAUGUGUUUAACUUGUGGAAAGCUUGUCUCAAUUAAUCUACAUAUUAUGUUAAACUUUUUUCGCCUCACAUGCACAUUUGUUAACUGCAACAGCUAAAUUUGACAAAUAUUGAAUGGUUGACUAAGUAAACGGUUCAAAGAGGCUUGUAAACAAUUUAUACCGGUUUGAUAAAUUGGAAUUGAAAACAGAUAUAGGGGAAGUGAAUGUUUGGAAUAAGUUUUUCUCAAAAUAUUAUCUUUCUCGUUUUCUUUCUUCAGUCAUUGAACUUCAGAAUUAAGGAAACAUAUAAAUGAAAAAUAAAAAAAAUAAAUGCUUAAGAAAACAUAGUACUUGGACAUGUCUUUGUGCUUGGAUAUAUUGGAUAUUUCUUCCCAAAAGAUACUUCAUGUUCGAUUUAUGCACUAAAAUCUUUCAUUACAAAAUACUUAAAAACGGAAACAAUAUACAUAAAAGAGUGCUGUAAUAUACUGUGAUAAAAAUAUAUUUAUUAGUGGCUACCCUGUUUUAAUACGUAAAGUGCAAAAAUGCGUGGCAAGCAUCAUAUAGAUAAAAUUAAAGUUUCAUAGUGUCAGGUUCCUUGACUUAAACAAAUUUAAUAAUAGCAAAGGUUUUCAGAAAUGGAGAUACCUAUUGUGGGUAAGAAUGGUCAAUCUUCUAAUGUAAGAAAAACCAAGUAAAAGUC